GUCUGGCUCGGUCCAAGUCAAUUCCCACUCAGAACUUCUCCUCAGAAGUGGUCACACUGUGGUAUCGGCCACCUGAUGUUCUUUUGGGAUCCAUAGAUUAUUCUACGGCUCUGGACUUGUGGGGCGCGGGCUGCAUCUUUGUGGAGAUGCUCCAGGGCUCCCCGGCAUUUGCAGGAGGUUCUGAUGAGCUGGAGCAGCUGCAGACCAUCUGGACGGUAUUGGGCAUCCCCUCAGAGGACAACUGGCCAGGAGUCAGUCUGUUGCCUAAUUACAGACCGGAGUGGUUUAUUCACUGCAAGCCGAAGCAGUUUAAAAAUGUUUGGAAAAGGUUGGAGCAGCUCUCCUAUAAAACUGAGGACCUGGUCCAGAAAAUACUGAGGCUGGUUCCAACAGAGCGGAUUUCGGCUCAGGAAGCUAUGCAGCAUCCAUAUUUCAACACGCUUCCUGCUCCAAUCAUGCACCUCAGAGACACUGUGUCCAUCUUCAAAGUUCCUGGAGUUCGCCUAGAGACAGAGUUUAGAGACAUCUUCAACCCUGGACGGAGACAGAAAUCUUCAAUUCUUCCUGCCGCCAGUCGUUGGUGACAAAACGGUCCAAUCAGAUCAACCAGACCGAGAAGGGCCGAACUAACCCUCCACAUGGACGGAUUCUUCCCAAAGCCAUGGAUGGAUUUCUGGGUGGAUGUAGGGAUUGACUGAAACUUUUUUGAUCCGCAACAGUGGAAAUUAAUUUGUCCCAUCAUAACACACAUACCCAUGAAAAGAUAUAAGCAUGGAUGUAUGCACAAAUUAAAUGUUACUAAAUAUAAAUUGACCAUAAUUCUGUUUCAAAGUGAUAACAUCCUCCUGUUUUUAUUUUUCAUUUAAAUUUUUAAGAACU